CCCAGGGAAAGGGUGGCAACCACAGAGCCCGCUCGUCCUAGAAGGGAGCAUCUCUCUUCUCGCAGUGUUUUUCCCCGUCCCGGAAACGGGUCUCUUUUGAAUGCACUUUUUCCCCGGGAGCUGGUGCAACUUGGCAGGGCGAUCCGGGUUGGGGGUUUUUUUUGGAGAGGGAGGAGGAUCUUGGCUGGGCGUUCGCUGCUGCCUAACCCGCUUCGGAGUCUGAUUUGACGCUGAGCAUCAGACGGAUGGUUAACGGAGGCUCUUAAUAGGCUUUGCCAGGCUGGACCACCGAGGGAGGAAGCCCUGGAGUUGAACCUCUGCCACCCACGGCCGGCAUCUGGGAGCUCCGGGAGAGAUAGGGAGAGAGGAGAUGGACGCAGGUCAAAGGAAGAACGAGCCAGAUGACGUGGUCCAGGCUGCACUCAAGCAGUGGCCGCUCGUGGGUCUGAAAACGGAAGACCAAGACCAUGGUGGUCCUACGACGAGGGAGGAAUUUGUUGAAGGAGGAAGAGACCUUUGUGCUUUCCGGACUGGGAGGAUGGGGGACAUUGAAUCCAGGGUACCAGGAGAGAAGGUGAAGCAGGAGUCGGGCGCAGGGCUGCUUCAGCACUGGGAAUCCCAGUGGCAGGAGUUCCUGAAGAUGGUGGAGUCCCACCACACGCACUGGGAGAUCCCACCAGAAGAGCCUACCCCCUGGGAGGAUGCCAAGGGCUUUCUGGCCUCCUUCGAGCAAGUGGCCAAAGCCUGUCGGUGGCCCCAGGAGGAGUGGGCGGCCCGGCUCCUGCCAGCACUCAGUGGAGAAGCGGAGCAGGCCUUCGGCAGCUUGGAAGCUGGGGACAGAGAGGAUUAUGGGAAAGUGAAGGCGGCCAUCUUGCGCCGGGAUGCCCUGGCCCGGGAGCGGUGGUGCCACCGCUUCCGGCAUUUCUGCUACCAGGAGGCCGAGGGGCCAAGAGGGGCCUACAGCCGCCUGCAAGACGUCUGCCACCGGUGGCUCAAAGUGAAGAGGAACAGCAAGGAGCAGAUUCUGGAGCUGCUAAUUCUGGAGCAGCUUCUGGCCGUCUUGCCGCCCGAGGUCCAGGGAUGGGUGAGGGAGGUUGGGCCCGAAACGUGCUCCCAGGCGGUAGCUCUGGCGGAGGAGUUCUUGCUGAGGCAGCGAGAGGCUGAGAGGCCGCAGAAACAGAUGCAGGCAGCCUUUGAGGAGGACGGCUACGGUUUCUCUGAACCGGCUCAGGUUCUGACCGACACGGGGCAGAGGCGGCAGGAGAGGGGAGCCAAGGAGGAGGUCAGCUCUGGAGACGCGAGCUCACGAGUUUCAACAGACUACAUGCAAGUGGGUGAGUGCGACGGGAAAAACCAUCCCCAGGAAAGCCGUGACAACAUGGAACCAUCCGUCGCCCGGGUUUGUAAAGAGGGAAAAACCUCGGAGGGUCAGGGCGAACCAAAGAGGCCACCGGCGAGCUGGCCGAGGAAUCGGGUGGGGGAAUCUGUUCCCUGCGGGACAAGUGAGAUCUCUCUUGAUCAAACCCCACUGCAGCAGCAGCCUCCAGGCCCAGACGGUGGAUCUGGCGAAAGCUUCAAUUCAGAGCUCGUGAAGUACGAAGCGGUUGAAAUCCAGGAGUCUGCCUACCCGUGCGAGGACGGGACGCAACUCAGUUGCAAGGAGGGUUUCCGGAAACACAGCCCGCACUUCCGCGGGAAGCCGUACCAGUGCGGUUAUUGCGGAAAGGCCUUCAGCCGCCGGUCGCACCUGGUGACGCACGAGAGGACCCACACGGGAGAGAAACCCUAUGCCUGCUCCUUCUGCGGCAAGAGCUUCAUCCAAAGCUCCCACCUCAUCCUCCAUGAGAGGACCCACACCGGCGAGAAGCCCUAUCGGUGUUGCGCCUGUGGAAAGAGCUUCAGCAGCACCUCCAACCUCCUGGCCCACGGCAGGACCCACACGGGCGAGAAGCCCUACAAGUGCACUGUCUGCGAGAAGGGCUUCAUCAGCAAGUCGCACCUGGUCCGUCACCGCAGGAACCACGCUGGGGACAGGCCGCCCACAGAACAAUCCUGCUCCGGGAAAGCCUUCUGCUUGGCCUAUGGGAGUGGCCUUUCACCUCUGCUGAGUCAAACCGUCCAGGGAAGGAGAGGAACUGGAGGAAUGGAGCUGAGUCAGGUUGUUGAGGCUCUGGGUGACAGCAAGGAAGGCAUCAAGCUUCCCCAAAAAACCAAACCAUUUCUGGUGGAGUCGAAACAGGGAGCCGGUGCUCAUUUGGAGGAAAAGUCUGCCUUUCAGGACGAGCUCCUUGGAUGCAAAGGUCAAGGGUUGACAACCGAGAAGGAGAACGGCGACGAAACAACUUGCGGUGCUGACAGUUCUGAACAAUUUGAUAUACCCGGGAGAUUGUUAGGAAAAGCCAAUAACACUGUUUUCCCGGCUCCUCGGCAGGACGUGACUUUGGAAAACGAGCAAAAGCAAAAGGUGACACCUCCAGGAAGAGGAGGCCAAAACAAGUCGGUCCUUCGUGCAGCUGGCAACAAAGUAGGCGCCAACAAGAGGCAACUGGCGUGCAGCAAGUGUGGGAAAAGCUUCAGCAACAGCUCGAACCUUAUCGCUCACGAGAGAAUCCACACUGGCGAGAAGCCGCACCAGUGUCCGAGCUGUGGGAAGAGCUUUGGUAAGAAAUCGACCCUCGUCGCUCACGAGAGAAUCCACACCGAGGAGAAACCGUACGAGUGUUCGGUGUGCGGGAGCUUCAGCCAGACCUCGAGCCUCGUCGCCCACGAGAGGAUCCACACGGAGGAGAAGCCGUAUGAAUGCUCCGAGUGUGGGAGGAGCUUCAGUUUAAAAUCGAGCCUGGUGGCCCACGAGAGGAUCCACACGGGCGAGAAGCCAUACAAGUGCUCCGACUGUGGGAAAAGCUUCAGCCAGAAGUCCGCCCUCAUCCCACACGUGAGGACCCACAAGGGGGAAAAGCCCUACACCUGCUCGGCCUGCGGGAAAGGCUUCAGCCAGAGCUCGAACCUUAUUGCACACGAGAGAAUCCACACGGGGGAGAAACCUUAUCAGUGCGCGAAUUGCGGCAGGAGUUUCAACUGCAGCUCCAGCCUUAUCAGGCACCAGAGGAUCCACACGGAGGACAAGCCAUACGACUGCUUGGACUGCGGGAAAAGCUUCGGCUGCAGCUCCAGCCUCAACCGGCAUCAAAGGACUCACACGGGAGAGAAACCCUACGAAUGUUCAGAUUGCGGCAAAACGUUCAGCGUCAGCUCCCAGCUCAGUGUGCACCAGAGGACACACACUGGAGAGAAGCCCUUUGAGUGCUCGGCUUGCGGGAAAAGUUUCAGCGUGCGAUCGAGCCUGAACGCCCACGAGAAAAUCCACAUGGGGAAGAAACUGUACAAGUGCGGGGACUGCCCCACGAGCGUCUACUUGAAAUCCAGCCUCAACGCACACAAGAAACUGCACCGAGGCGAGAAGCCGUACGACUGCGCAGAGUGCGGGAAGAGCUUUUCCUGCAGCUCCAGCUUCCUCCGACAUCAGAGAAUCCACACCGGAGAGAAGCCGUACAACUGCGCCGACUGCGGGAAGAGCUUCACUCUGAACUCGAACCUUAUCACUCACCAGAGAACCCACACGGGCGAGAAGCCCUACCAGUGCCGGGACUGCGGCAAGUUUUUCAGCGUGAGUUCGCAGCUCAACGUUCACCAGCGGACGCACACGGGCGAAAAGCCCUUUGAAUGCUCGGACUGCAGCAAGUGUUUCACCUGUAGCUCCGCCUUGAUUCGACACCAACGGACCCACACGGGAGAGAAACCCUACCAGUGCUCCGAGUGCGGGAAAAGGUUCAACCUGAGUUCGAACCUUAUCGCUCAUCAGAAAACCCACACAGGAGAGAAGCCGUAUAAAUGCAUGUAUUGCGGCGAGAGCUUCUAUACAAGGCCGCAUUUUGUCGAGCACCAUAAAACCAGCCACCUAGAGGCUAUAAAUGCGAAAACAGACAACAGCAAAGUUCAUCGUGACUCCCAGGCCAUCAAGUACCAGAUAAACUAUGUAGGCUGGGAUUGACAAAUUGACUGAGAAAAGCGUAGUGGCAGAGCUGAAGGGAGGUUGCCAGCGGGGGCUCUUGUACACUGCUCUCCUGUGUUUUGCAAAAUAAAAAUCCAUGUUUCUUCCGUAUCAGCCUUGCCAGAGACAUUAUAUCAUAUGUACAUUCCUGUUGGGUUCUAGACAUCAAAUAAAGGUGUGGAAACAGG